UCCGCUCGCCGCCGCCGUCCCAGAUACUACUCACUGAGUUCCCUGGCAGACUGGGCUUGUUUCGGGAGAGCCGGCAGGUGUGGUCGGCACCAUGGAGUCGCCUUUUAGUCCGGGACUUUCUCUCAGAGCAGAAGAAGAUUGGGAGUCUACAUUGUUUGCUGAACUCGGUUAUUUCACAGACACUGAUGAGGUGCAAUUUGAUGCAGGAAAUGAGACUUAUGAAAGUAAUUUUGAUCAUCUUAAUUUUGAUUUGGAUUUGAUGCCUUGGGAGUCGGACAUUUGGAGCACCAGCAGCCAGUUCUGUACAGUGAAAGAUAUUAAGGCAGAACUUCAACCAUUUUCUCCAGCUUCAAGUUGUUCAGCCUCAUCUCCAUGGUCUGUGGACUCUUGUUCUUCAACCCAGCAUGUUCCUGAGGAGUUGGAUUUGUCUUCUAGUUCCCAGUCUCCCCUCUCCUUAUAUGGUGAGGGUUGUAAUAGCCCCUCCUCAGCAGAGCCACUGAAGGAAGACACGCCCACCACUGGUCCUGGGAACAAAACAGAAAGUGGAUUGACUCCUAAGAAGAAAAUCCAGAUGAAUUUAAAGCCUUCAAUCCAGCCGAAGCCUUUAUUACUUCCAGCAGCACCUAAGACUCAAACAAACUCCAGUGUUCCAGCAAAAACCAUCAUUAUUCAGACACUACCAGCACUUAUGCCAUUGGCAAAGCAGCAGCCAAUUAUCAGUAUACAGCCUGCACCCACUAAAGGUCAGACUGUUUUGCUCUCUCAGCCUACUGUGGUACAGCUUCAGGUCCCUGGAGUUUUGCCUUCUGCUCAGCCAGUCCUUGCUGUUGCUGGAGGAGCCACACAGCUGCCUAAUCAUGUGGUGAAUGUGGUACCAGCCCCUGUAGUGAACAGCCCAGUGAAUGGAAAACUUUCUGUGAAUAAACCUGUCCUGCAAGGCAGUACAAGAAGUAUGGGUUCAGAUAUGGCUGUGCUGAGGAGACAGCAGCGCAUGAUAAAGAACCGAGAGUCGGCUUGCCAGUCACGCAAGAAGAAGAAAGAAUACAUGCUGGGGCUGGAGGCGAGGCUGAAGGCUGCGCUCUCAGAGAACGAGCAGCUGAAGAAGGAGAAUGGGUCCCUGAAGCGGCAGCUGGAUGAGGUCGUGUCCGAGAACCAGAGGCUUAAAGUCCCAAGUCCAAAGCGAAGAGCUGUCUGUGUGAUGAUUAUAUUGGCUUUUGUAAUGCUGAACUAUGGACCCAUGAGUUUGCUGGACCAGGAUACCAGGAAAAUGAAACCUAGUGUGAACCCUGCAAAUCAAAGGAGGCAUCUUUUAGAAUUUUCUGCUAAAGAAGUUCAAGACACAUCAGAUAGAAUCAUCCAGAAAAACAGCUACAGGUAUGAUCAUUCCGUUUCAAAUGACAAAGCGCUAAUGGUGCUCACUGAAGAACCAUUACUGUAUAUUCCACCACCUCCUUGUCAGCCCCUCAUUAAUACCACAGAAUCUCUCAGGUUAAAUCAUGAACUUCGAGGUUGGGUCCAUAGACAUGAAGUGGAAAGGACCAAAUCGAGAAGAAUGACCAAUAACCAACAGAAAACCCGUAUUCUUCAGGGUGCUCUGGAGCAGGGCUCAAGUUCUCAGCUAAUGGCUGUCCAAUACACAGAAACCACUAGUAUCAGCAGGAACUCGGGGAAUGAACUACAAGUGUAUUAUGCUUCACCCAGAAGUUAUCAAGACUUCUUUGAAGCCAUCCGCAGAAGGGGAGACACAUUUUAUGUUGUGUCAUUUCGAAGGGAUCACCUACUGCUACCAGCUACCACCCAUAACAAGACCACAAGACCAAAAAUGUCCAUUGUAUUACCAGCAAUAAACAUAAAUGACAACGUGAUCAACGGGCAAGAUUAUGAAGUGAUGAUGCAGAUUGACUGCCAGGUGAUGGACACCAGGAUCCUCCACAUCAAAAGCUCCUCCAUUCCUCCUUACCUCCGGGAUCAGCAGAGGAACCAAACCAGCACCUUCUUUGGUUCCCCUCCAGCAGCCACAGAGGCAACCCACGUUGUCAGCACCAUCCCGGAGUCAUUACAGUAGAACCCUGCGGCUACGUUGAAAAGCUACCAGUGGGUUCCUGCCAACCCAGAGAGCCAGUGAGAGGAGUGUAGCUUUCUGCCUUGUUGGUAGCAAGCAGAGAACUGCCUCAUACUACAACUCAAGGGAGAGAGUGAAGCUGCUCAGGGUUUGACCAUCUACCCAUCCAUGUGGAAAGUGCUAGAAUUUAUGUGCAUGAGAACAGUUCUCCCGUGGUAAAUGCAGCCUGCAUCUUCCAAUGUUAUUGUAUUUUGUUUGUUUUCUUUUAUUUUUGCCAUUUCUUAACUGCUUUCCUGCUGUAUUUGCUUUUUGUUUAAAUAGUUAUCGUUUUAAUAAGAACCACUUCUUAUUUUGGCCACUUCACGUACUGGUACAGUAAAGUGAUUUUUAUUUAAAAACUUUAGAACCCAGAUGCUCACAUAGUUCCCACUGAUUGGGUUUCUCUCUUGCUUAGACUCAAACCUAUUCUGGAGAUUGUACUUCAGAAAACAAAUUUCCAAAUUAGAACAGGCAAAAAUAUGCCACAAAGAGUCAAAACAGCUUGGAGCUUUGGGUAAAGGGUAUUAUCUCCAGUUGGCAAAGUUUAUUUUCACUCGUGAUUUGUGGUCUAACCUUGAAACAACUGUGUGUGUUGAGUGGGAGUCAGGGAAUGAGCCAUAUGCUCGAGGGAAGGCAGGGGAAGGAAGAAUCACUGGUGGAGUGUUGAGAGAAAUCCUUCCACUGAUACAUGUAUUUAAACUUCAAAAGUUUGAUAUGAUUUCAGUUUAGGAUUACAGACACAGCUGCUGUUUAUUUCCAGUACUCUAAGCCACUCAGCUUAUAGACAUGUUUUCAGUUGGCUAAUCAGGUGAAGACCCUUCAGGACGAUAGGGCAGACCCUUCAUUUUCAUUGUGAAUUCCCACCCCACCCCACUCCAGCUAAGGAGCAUGGAAGUGGUAUCAGGUUAAGCAAGGCAAGAACCUUUUCUCUGAAGGGUUGUUGAAUGCACAGGCAGCGUGAUUCCUGCCGAGGGCAUGUAGCCCAUAUUGUGGCAAUAAUUUUCAGUUUCUUCAGUGAGAAGAUAGUGACGAAAUUAACUCUUUUUGUUGUUCUCUGGUAAAAAAGAAAAGAAAGCUAUAUUCAUCUAUGUCUUAAAUAUAUUUUGCCUGAUUCAUUUACCAUAGUAAACAGCUAAAUUACAUUAUAUGUAUAUUUCACAAAUUCACAAAAAUAGAUCUCAGGCUAGGAUGGCCUUUCCAAUGUGCUUCCCAGGGUCUGAAGCAAGUAUUCCUCCUUCCUAAAACUCUGGAGGUUUUUGACAGAAUUAACUUUGCAAAUGCUACUUUUUUUCCCGCAGUUGACUUGUCUUUGCCAGACUCCUGUCCCUUCUGCUCCACACCGUAGCCACCAGUUCCUCACCCUCCUUGUGAGGGAAAUGGAAAGGAAAGGAGAGGACAGCCUCUCAAGGGUAGAUGUCCUCCAUUCCUUUUCUGUCUCUGAGACUGUUAAGCCUGGCUGCUACAUGUAAAGAUCCCCAACAACUCUCUGGACACUAAUGCCUCUUGAGCUAGUCAGGUGCUUCCCAGAGAACCGAGUUUAACGCCGGGCGUGAGGGGGCUCUUGCUUCACCAGUCUGGAGUUGCAGGUGUUAGCAAAGUCCUGAGUGACUUUGAGAUAGGAACUGUUUUCUUUGGAGACCACUCAGCCUGGCUGCCACAGGGUAGAAGGCAUGCCUAGAGAAGCUUUAGGGGUAGGCAUGUAGGUGAGAGCUGGGAUAUGCUGUGGCCCAGUUCAUUCCUACUGCUGAAACGGUCACACGUUGGCAUAGCAGACAGGAGCACAGUGUCUAGAAGGAUUGUAAUGGAGCCUCGCUCUUCUCAUCUGCGAACCACACAAGAAGAAACCAUCCCUUGGAUUUUUCUUUGACACCAUUUUUUUUGUUCCCAGCUUUUCCUAUGCUCAUUGUACCAACUUCUUAAACUGAAUACUUCAGUGGUGACACAUGGGCCAAGGCCCAUGCCUUCACAGUUGGGAGACUCAGCCAAACAGCAGGCAGAUGUUAGGGUGGCCACAGCCAGCCAAGGAGCUGGAAUGGGCACCCAGAAGCAGUGUGGGAGCAUCGCCUUCCCUGCACUCACUGGCCCUUCAGCUUCUUGUCAUUGCCUGUUCCUAAGUCCAAUUUGUGGGUGAAAGAACAGGAUUCUUCUCAGGGUAGAGUUUCAGGAAACAAGUGAAUGUCAACUGACUCCUACUUUGUAAAUUGUUGACAUAACUAUGAUCCCUAUGCACAAUAACUUUUCUCUGGAUGUCUGUGUGCUAGCUAGCACCAGUCCUGGUAGGAAGGGGGAAGCUGCUAUGCCCGGGUUAUAAAUUAAUCAGGCUAUUGGGUUUGAUUUUUCUGGUAGAUUGCCUUUUGGGUUUCUAUCCUAGAAGUGUGAGAGCUAUUGUGUACAUAUAUAUAUGUAUUUUUUUUUAAUUUAUUAAUUUUUGAAGCAGAUUAAGCAAGCUUGUGAGAAAGUUAGAUAAUGUCCCAGCAGAAGUCAGUCCGCCUGCUCUGAGGUGUUUCUGGGCACUUGAGCUGGUGAUACUGCAGUGCUGGGAAGUGGUGGUGGAGACUUAUGGGCAGUCUUUCACCUGUGUGCAGGUCCCAAGUUUUUAGGCUUUGUGGAAGUAAGUGCAUGUUUCUGUCUGCUAGCUACUGAGUCACACAUUUGGAGCUAUUUCUCUUUGGGUUAGUUCAUACAACAAUAGCAUAGGGACAUGGCGUCCAUAGAAUGUUCAUGUAAACUAACUGUCAAGUUAGGAGUUAAUGGGAAAGAAGGAUCUUGAGAAGGGGUCUCCUGGGGCUGGGGAGAUGGCUCAGUGGGCAAAGUGCUUGUCAUAAAAAGAAGGUCCUAAAUUUGGAUCCCCAGCACCCAUGUAAAAUGCCAGAUGUGGUGGCAUGCACCUGUAAUCCCAGCAUUGGGAAGACCAAGACAGAAGGAUCCCCAGGCUCGUUAGCGAGUUUGACUGGUCCAGUUGUGAGACACCAUCUCGAAGAAUACCAUGAAGAGCAAUUGAGUAAGACACCCAGGGUUGACCUGUGGCCUGCACAUGCAUAUGUACACACAUGCACACAGAUACACGAACACACACACUCAACACAAACCACACGUGCAUAUACAAAAAACAGUGUCUCGUUCACCAUGCCUGUAGUUAGCAGCUUCACAAAUAAACUAUUGGGCAAAGUGUGUGCUUUUGGAAAUAAAGAGCGCCAUUAGCAUAAACACAUGCACAAGCCUCUAAUUUAUUUAUUAUCUGAAGUUACAGCACAGAGCUGGCCCCGCUUUGCCUUCUGUUGUUGGCACAAGUAGACAUAGAAGUAUUUGAAAGCAGUGAUGUUAAAUGAGUCAUUCUUCAGUGUUCCCAAUAAAUAUUACUUAAAACAGAGAAGGAACUCGGCAUUCAAACUGAUUUCUGUCUCAUGUUUAGAGACAUUGCUCUGGUUAAAUUUUGUUGGCCCAAAUUUCCUCCCUGAGCAUUUGAUCCCAGUAGUCACAGCAACAAGACAUCACUACUAUGGCUAAAUCAUUUUAAAUUGGAGAACUCACAAGCUCUUCACAACUUAUGCUAUUUUUUAAUUCUUGCCAUUUUACUAAACUCAGGUUGUGAAUCGUGACAAAAAUAUACCAUGGCCAGGGAUGGGGAGGUGGGGGGUGUACCAGGAAGCGGACUUGACUUUCUAACACAGUGGAAAGUUUCAAAGCAAUAUCCACUUUCAGUAGCAUGCUGGAAGUAACUGCUUUUUCUGUCAUGACCUAGAGAGCCAGAGUCUGACCCAUGCCCCCUUGAAGUCUGACCUCCUGGGAAUUUCCUACCCGUGAGAGCCUUCUUUCCACGGCAUCGUGAGGGGCUGGCUCGGCUUCCUUGAGCAGGCACGGGGGAGCUCAGCUCAAGGAAGACGUGCUCAUAUUAUUGGCAUGGCCACGGGAAUUAACCUCUCACACAGUUUGCUUUCACCAGAACUGGUAGAGGCUCAUUCCACCUACAGACCUCAUAUUCCUUACUGAAAUGUUAUUUUCAUCAGUUCUAGGUCGUUCUAAUUUAUAUCAGUUAUGAUCUUUGCUGCUAAUAUAAACACCAAUUAUAACUUUAACCAUGAAAAAAAAAACAAGAAUAUAAGGCUAGAAGAAGAAUGAAAUGUGACAUUUUCUUUAUUUUGGUAGCAUUUGGAAGGGAAAAUUCUGCUCUUCCUCCCCACCUGCAUGGAUUGUUGUUAAUUUUUUAAGGUAACUGAACACUGUUCUACCCAGAAAGAUAGUGCAAAGUCCAGAAAGAACUAUGAGCAUAGAAAAAGUGCAAUCUCCUCCUGCCUGAAAAAAGAAAUCAGCGUCUUCCUAUUAUUUUGUUUUAAAAAAAAAUUAUUUAUUUGAGAGACAGGCACAGAGAGAGAGAAUGGUACACCAUGGCCUCUAGACACUACAAACAUCAGACGCAUGCUCCACCUUGUACAUCUUGCUUACGUGGGUACUGGGGAAUUGAACCUGAGUCCUUAGGUUUCCCAGGCAAGCGCCUUAAUCGUUAAGCCAUCACUCUAGCCCUUAACUUAUUUUAAUAACUAAGCAUAAGAUUAAUUUAUUUUGGAUAGUAUUAAAACUUUCAGUAGUUCUAAUAGGUGUGUUCUCUGUCAGGUACAACAGAAUUCAUAGUUACAAAAUAAUAAAAAGUAUGGUUAGGAAGCUUGAUGGCCAGUGUCACAUAAUGGAAACCCUUCUUGGCUUACUUUAAGCAUUAGCAAUUUGGUGCAUUAAAAGAAUUAUAUAUUAAGGAGUGAAUAACUUGUAGUUUUUUUUCAUUUGUUAAGGUCAACAAACACCACGUUGGUGCUCUUUGCCCCCAAUGAAGUUGAUGACCAUUAGUUAAAUAUACCAGGAAUUUGGCAUAUCUCCCAGUUUGCUAAUGCUAGACUGACUUAGCACACGGACUUCACAGCACAUGUAUAUUCUUCAUCCUUGGCUCUAGUUUCUUGGCAGUCACCAGGACAGAGGACAUAAUAAAGCUGCUAAGCCUGUUAGCCAAAGAGAUCCUAAUUUCUCACCUCAUCAAGCUGACAGGUGAGAUUCAGCUAAGGCCAGUAACGACGCAUCCUUGGAGCUGUUGAAACUUGAGGAGAUGCCAUUUCCUCAGGGUUUUCUUCCUUCAGCUGUACCCAUGCUCAUUUAAGAAUGUGUGGAACAUGUGCAGGAAAGGUAUACGAUUCUCUUGUAAUAAUUAUGUUGGUUUACAAUACACAAACAAUGAUAACAGACUAUUUCAUACUUUCCAGCAAAUCUUCAUCUCUCCAGCCCUGUUCUUCUCUAAAAUCCAAAUAAAGAAUUUUUAAAUUUG